UAGUGAAUAUUUUCUUAACAAGAAGAAGAACAGUAUUAGAAAUUUGUAAAUAAAAAUAAUUAGGAGAAAUGAUAAUUUAUGGAGUGUAUAUAGUAAGCAAAUCUGGUGGACUUAUUUAUAACCUGGAUAGCAAUGUGCCGCGCAUAGAGCAAGAGCGUUCGUUUACGUAUCCUAUUGAUUUGAUGCUUGACUAUGAUCCGAAGAAAAUAUCUGUGGUCUUUAAUAAAAAAGAUGGUAUCAAUGUUGGACAUGUUUUGAUGGCUGUGAACGGAAUGCCAGUGAGCGGCAACACACUGGAAGAUGGUCGUGAUGUCAAAACUGUGCUGGAAAACGCAGAGAACUAUCCGCUGAAUUUGAAGUUUUGCAGGCCAAAAUUGACUACCAAUGAAAAGAUUGUACAGGCCAGUACGUUCUAUCCCCUCUAUGCAUUUGCGAGCCAACUCAGUCCGGAACCAAAAAGUUCUGGCAUUGAAAUAUUGGAAGCCGAUACAUUUACUUUGCACUGUUUUCAAACACUAACCGGAGUUAAAUUCAUUAUAAUUUCCGAAACAGGUCUAAGUGGAAUGGAUAUGUUACUUCGCAAAAUUUAUGAAUUGUAUUCGGAUUAUGUUCUAAAAAAUCCCUUUUACGCGCUAGAAAUGCCUAUACGUUGCGAAUUGUUUGAAAAUAAACUUAAAACGUUACUGGAUAUGGUCGAAAAGACGGGAAUAAAUAACUUGGAUAAAUAAUAUUUAUAUUUUGAUUCCAAAUAAAAACCUUGAAUAGAUUAAAAGAACACGAA